UAUCCUUUUCUUGUGAAAGGGUAGAAACGUAACACCACACGCUUCUUCUUCUUCUUCCUCACAAAAACCUCAUUUCAAAGUUAAACAAAUCCCCCACGCUUACCCACCUAUAUAAACCAAACCCAAAUCACAAUCACCCCCAAAUUAUUGCCCUAAAUCUUCAAUUUUCCCGCCAAUUUCAGAGAGAUUUGAGUUAUGGAGCCGACUGUAGAUCGAUCGGAGAUAGCUUUCUUCGACCUGGAAACCACAGUCCCGACCCGACCCGGCCAGGGGUUCGCUAUAUUGGAAUUCGGGUCGAUUCUCGUUUGCCCUAGGAAAAUUAUCGAGCUUGAAAGCUACGAGACGUUGGUAAGACCUCAUGAUCUCUCACUCAUCACAACAUUAUCAGUUCGCGCCAACGGUAUUACUGCAGACGACGUCGCAUCGGCGCCGACGUUUUCUGAUGUUGCAGAUAAGGUGUUUGAUAUGUUGCAUGGGAGGAUUUGGGCGGGUCACAAUAUAAUUAGGUUUGAUUGCGUGAGGUUACGGGAGGCGUUUGCACAGAUUAAUCGGCCACCACCGGAGCCGAAGGGGACGAUUGAUUCAUUGGCAUUGUUGACACAGAGGUUUGGGAGGAGAGCUGGUAACAUGAAGAUGGCCACUCUGGCCAAUUAUUUCGGGCUUGGAAAGCAAUCGCACCGGAGUUUGGAUGAUGUUCGAAUGAAUCUUGAAGUUCUCAAGUAUUGCGCAACUGUUCUUUUCUUGGAAUCGAGCCUUCCAGAUAUAUUUACAGGAACCAGUUCGGUUUCUCCAAACACCACCACCAGAAACCGCAGUAAUGCAAAAGCUGAUGUAGAUGGACCCGGCCUGAGCACUAGCCCACCCUCAUCUACUAGAAACACUGACAAUCAGAUUUCUCCUCCAACUCAUGAUCCAGUUGAACUGGGUCGGGCUCAACCCGACCCGUUUGACCUGGGUCCACUUGUAGAUAAAAUAGAAACCGAACCCCUUCAACCAAAUGAUGACAUGGAGGAAGAACCAUCUAUAGCCACUCAGUCCAACACAAUUACUGAAAGCAAUGAAUUUCUCGAACCAGAUGAAGUGUCCAUACCCUCGGUAACUGUAACCGCAGUCCCAUUUUUCCGUGGGCCCCAAAAGAUACAAAUACUUCACAGAGACACACCAUUGCAGAUCCACUGUGGUGCCCUAAAAGUACGGUUUGGAGUAAGCACAAGAUUUGUUGAUCAUGCGGGAAGACCGCGAUUAAAUUUUGUGGUUGAUGCAUCUCCAAAUCUUUGUGGUGUUCUUGACGCGUGUGAUAAUAUUGCUAAGAGGUUUGUGGAUUCUGAUAGCAACUCUGAGUGGAGACCUGUCGUGAGCAGAAAGCCCGGGUUUUAUAACGCACCCACUGUCAGAUUCCAAUUACCUACUGUAGCGGAAGGAGAUGGCGUUAGAUGGAUCACAGAGAUAUACCAGAAAGAAUCAUCAUCGGCGUCCAUACAACACGUUGUGUUUAGUAAGUAUGAUGUGGCGGAACUCGAACAGUUGAUUCGUCCUGGUUCGUUUGUGGAUGCUUACAUCUCUUUAGAUCCGUACGACUAUCAACAGAACGCUGGGAUUCGAUUAGUGGCAAAGAAACUGAUUGUUGAUUCUAACUGAAGGGUUUUGAUGUAUACCUUGCUGCACUAUUAGCUGACUUUUAGAAAACAGUAUUUGUUUGAUUCUUGUAAAGAUGGCCAAUUCAUUUCUUUUGUUGUUUAUGUAGAAAAAGAACAAUUAAUUAAUACCAAAUGUUAUUAUAAUCC